CGCAGGGUCCCGACCGAGAGCUGCAGGAUCCUACGGCGUCGUGCGGAAGAGGCUCGCGUCCUACCCCUCUUCGCUGUUCUCUCCCUUUCGGCCGGACUCGCGGCUUCGGCCGCCCGUGGCAGCUCUCCAUCUGAAUUCUUCACAAAAGCCGACUGCGCUCGAAGGGGUCGCAACUUGUUGAGGGAAGCCUCCGGCGGGUAUUAUCCUUCGCGUCGUCUGCUUCUGACAACUCGCGGAGCAUCGUCCAGCGAUAUACCGCUUUUUGUCGGGACACGCUCCUUGGAUCGCUGACUGUUUCGCCUCUGCCCGCUACCAGAGCACAGUGACCUGCGAUUGACUGUGACAACGAAGGCCCGGGUCAGGGCUUUGAGAGGUCGAAAGGAAGCUGACAGCGGCGGCCGAGACAAAAAUACAACCACUGUACGGGAAGCUCUGCUGCUGCACUUGAAGACGCCGAGAGAUUAAGACGCACAUCUCUUCCGCUUUUCCUCUUUAUCUUAUCUUGUCCUGGAGGCGACCCGUCUUCUUCAUCCCAGGGAAAGGGUGACAGCGCUUCCCGCUAGCGAGGAAGGAUCCCCGAACAAUUUCUCUCAUUGCAUUUUCCCUUCAACGGAAGAAAAAAAAAAGAAAUAGAGCUUUUAAAGUCUGAUCGAAGGGCCGAAACGGUCACUGCACUUCCUAAGUGGAGUGCCCUUCGAAGGCGUGAAGCCUUCUCGGCGUCCACGGAAGACUGGAAACGUCCGCCCACUGCCCCGACGUCGACUGACAAGCGCCGUCAUUAGAGCCGCCCACGCACCACAUCUCGCGCGCAAUCGUCGGCGUGCCAGAAGCCAGAAGAGCUAAAGGUGUCCAAGCUUUUUGCGGCGGCGGCGGCGGAGUGACGGUGAUUGCCUGCAUCGAUCAGAACUUUUCCAUCGUGCGGAAAUCGUGAGCGUAGCCGGCUGGGACCUUCGUGCCACAAGAGACUGGUGAUCUGCCCGAAAUCACAGAGCAGACUGGACCGAGAAAUUUCGCCCGGCGUCGGCGGUGUCUCUCGGGGAAGCAGCUGAGAUCGACCACAUGGCGCCCUGGCGGUCAUUGCACCGUGCCCUGCUUCUGUUGUUCGUCCUGUGGACUGCAGUGGACGCCUACCACAUUCGGGCGUUCGGCAGCAAAGGCGAGUCCAGGAAGAGCUCCCGACGUCACACGGAAUCCUGGUACAUGCCUCGAGAUGCGCCUACAGACUUUGAGGAAGAGACGACUGACGCCGAGGGCGACGAGGAGGACGUGCGCGAGGGCUGCCCGCAGAACCGGGAGGAAGCGGCCGCGCUGGGCCGCCGCUGCCUGCGCAAGUGCAAGACCGAUGAGGACUGCAUCAGCUCCAAGAAGAAGUGCCUCUGCGACGGACGCUGCGGCUGGAGUUGCGUCAGGCCAGAUUUAAACUGCGACGAGCUGGAGCCUCUGGAGAACGGCCAGUUCCGGGUGAGCGGCGACUACUUCGGGGCGCGUGUCUACUACGAGUGCGCCGAGAAUUUCUGGAUGUCCGGCCCCAAGGAGCGCAUGUGCCAGGGAGACGGUCGCUGGAGCGGCCGAGCGCCCGAGUGCAAGAAGCAACCGUCGUGCAGCAGCCCGCCGGGCGUGCCGCACUCACGCACCAACGCGAGCGACGGCGCCCGGGACUUCGUGAUCAACUCGACCGUGCGCUACACCUGCUUCCCGGGCUACGACGCCAAGGGCUUCGACGUGGCCAAGUGCAUCUUCUACAAUGGCUCCGCCCAGUGGUUCGGCCCGGACCUCAAGUGCGAGCCCAAGAGCUGCGGCCCUCCAGGUGAGGUGGAGCAUGGGCGACGCAUGGGCGCCAUGACGCGCUUCACCAGUUCGGUCAAGUACGAGUGCCACGAGGGAUACGAGCUGUUCGGCCGGGCGCACCGCUACUGCCAGUCCUCCGGCCAGUGGAGCGGCACACUGCCCGAAUGCAGGCCGGUGCAAUGCGACAAGCCCGAGGACCCGCUGAACGGCCGGGCCAUCUACGACCAGCUGCUGUUCAACUCGGUGGUGCGCUACGAGUGCCACCACGGAUUUCGCUUGAAGGGGCCUUCCACGGCGCGCUGCAACUCCCAGCGGCAAUGGGAGGGCGCACCCACACACUGCGUUGAGAUCGACUGCGGCCACCCUGGCCACCUGCACAAUGGUUACGUGGAGUUUCGCUCGUCGACACUCAACGCCAAGGCCACGUACAACUGCUUCGACGGCAUGAAAUUCCAGGGCGAGUCCAACACCAGCAUCUGUCUCGACACCGGCAACUGGUCCAACCCGCUGCCCAAGUGCCUCGCGCCGUGCAAGAUUCCCACGCUGGAGCACGCAUACGUGAAUCUAUCGACCCCCGAGUCCCGGCUGGAGCACGGCCGCCGGCUCAGCGUCAGCUGCCACGAGCACUACGAGCUAGCCUAUAAUUCCACGCCGCCACGGUGCAACAACGGAUCGUGGACGCAUCUGCCAAUCUGCGCGCCAGCUCGAUGCAAGAGCCUUCCCGAGCGGCCUGCGCAUGGUUUCGUGAUCGCGCCCAAGACGGACCAUGGCAUGCGGGCACUAUUCCGCUGUACCGACGGAUACCAGCUGGUGGGACCUAACGUCACCGUCUGCCAGUUCGGGAAUUGGACACACGAAGCUGUGCCCUUGUGCCGAGAGACCACGUGCAGUCUGCCCGAGGUGCCGAACGGCUCGUUCCGGGAGCUGACGACGGAGCGGCCUCUGGAUCCGGCGGAGCUGAUUGGCCACGGCACCCUGGUGGAGCUGGUGUGCGGCCGGGGCUUCCAGGUUCAGGGGCAGCCGGAGCUACGCUGCUGGCAGGGACAGUGGACGCCCGGCCUGCUCCCAGAGUGUUUGCCCGAGCCGUGCGAGCUGCCAGCUCUGCGGGGCGGCCGCUACCUGGGCGGCUACCGGGCGGGCUUAACCAUAUCGCCGGGCUCGUCGGUCGAGUACGCCUGCGACGAACCGCACCUGCGCCAAUGGCCGCCGUCACCGUUGCGCUGCCGCAUGGGCCGACUGCAGCCGGCGCCGCCAACAUGCCUGCCACCGCCGCAGACGCCUUCGGCACCGGGCUCCGGCCUCGGAGCAGCACCCGAGGAGGCGCCACAGCCGGAGUCGGCGCCCGUGGCGGUGGUGGAGGAGGCUCAGGGGUCGACAGCGUCCCCGGGGCCCCCCAGUGGAGGUGACGCCAUCCCGCGUCGAGCAACGUCGCCGCCGCCUUCGGACCGGCCCUGCAGCGCCCCGGAGCGACUGCACAACGCGCUCGCCUUCCGGUCCUCGUCGCCGUCGAGGUCCGAGGAGGACGGGGGGGAGGACUCCAGAGGCCUGCUCCAGUUCCCGCAUGGCACCGAGGUGGUCUUCCGCUGCAUCGACAGCGCCGGCGGCGGCGAGAGGAGCACGUGGAAGCUCCUGUGUGAGGACGGCAGCUGGCUGGGCCGCCCCGAGAAGUGCGAGGACGGAGCCCAGCAGCUGUCGGUGCCCAAGGAAGAGCGGCGCAAUCGGUCCUGCGUGUUCCGCAACACGGAACCCAAUCUGGAGGCCUUCCAGGGCGACCGACGCAUCACGGACGACACGCUCCACUUUCCGCCGGGCUCCGAGCUCGUCUUCCGCUGCAAGGACAUCGGCAAGUACAGCCUGGUGGGCAGCGUGCGCCGACGCUGCGUGUACGGCGACUGGGACGGCGUCAAGCCCUCCUGCUUCGGACUCUCCCAGGAGAACGACUACGCGCUGGAGAAGCCUCCGACGAUCCUCUUCCGGCCGCACGUGAUGCCGGUAGCGCAGAGCAAUGACGGCAAGCUGGUCGUGUACCCGGGGGCUAUCCUGCACUUGGAGUGCCUCUGGCUGCGCAAGUACGGCACGCCCAAGUGGGAGGUCAGCCACAAGUCCCGCAAGUACGCCGAAGGCUGGACCACGGAACCUGGCAGGGACUCCCAACUAGAGUACCGGCUUUCCAUCUACCACGCCAAGAAGGACGACUCCGGCCGGUACACCUGCAUCACGCCCAUGGGUCACAAGCACUCCGUCGACAUCGUCGUUUCCCCGGUGCACUGUCGUCCACUGCCGAGCGUGAGCGGGCUGUCGGUGAGCACCGCGACGACGCGCAUGGGCACCAAGGUGGUCUUCUCGUGCGACGAGGGCCAGCGGCUACGCGGUAGCCAGCAGGCCAUGUGCCUGCCUUCGGGAAACUGGUCAGCACCACCGCCCGUCUGCCAAGUAGCCGAAUGCCACGACAUCACCGGCGCCUCGGAUGGCCUCGUCGUGGUAAAGGCCGAGCAGCGAGCAGUCGGCUCCCGGGCGCACUUUUCCUGUCCCUUGGGCUACGCCCUGAGGGGACAGGCGUCCGUGGAGUGCCUCGACACGGGCCAGUGGUCCGGCUCACUGCCGCGCUGUGAAGAGGUGGUGUGUUCGGCGCUGCCGGCGCCCGAAAACGGCUACGUGGAGGGCGAGCGUGGGCCACAGUACCGCGGCGGUCAGCAGAUGCAGUUCGCCUGCCGGCCAGACCACAUGAUGCUCGGCGCUGGCGUGCUCGAGUGCCUGGACAACGACCGCUGGAGCGGCACCGUCCCCAAAUGCGUGCCGGCGUGCCAGUACCCGAGCGUGCGCGACGGGGCGCGCAUCUCGUCGCGCGUGAGCUACUUCUACCGCAUCAACGAGACGGUGUCGUUCGAAUGCCCCGAGGGCUUCCAGCUACGCGGGAGUCCCAUGAUCCAGUGCGUGGCCAAGGGCCGCUGGUCGGCCGCCGUGCCCAGGUGCCAGCCGUUCACCCCGUCGACGUCCUCCUCGCACGAGAGGAGGCUCAGGAGGCACCACCGGCGCUGGCUGCUCGCCACGCCCGUCGCGGCCCACUGGCGCCUGUGACCGGGCUAAGCUGCACGCGCCGAGCUCCGAUCGCGUCGAGCUCGCUAGCAGAGGGCGCUCGGAGGGCAGCGGUCGCAUACUAAGCUAUCGGCUCACGACCAACUAGAUUGUUCACGGUGGCUGAUGGUGAGCUACAGGUGGCUCGUGUCUGGCUUAGGUUGCACCUUGUCUCGUCAUCGGCCGUCAUAGGUCUCCUGACCGUCCUUGCACAGUCUGUACGGCUGACCGCACACGCUCUCGGAGCAUAGAUUCCAAAUUAUUAAUUUUCUUGCAGCCUGUAAGCAUGCGGCCAGCAAUGGAUGGGUGCAUUAUGCAUCCGUCCGUGGGACUCGCACAGCGCACCAAGCUGCUCAUAAGGCUGUUAGUAGGAAAAAAAUAUAUAUUGGAUUCUUUGUCGCGACAGCUUUUACGGUCACCGGUACAGUCACUACACUGCGAUAUUUCUUACUCUCCCUCACUGUCUUUUUUUUUUUUUUCGCUUCUUCAUUUUUACAUUAACUUUAGUCGAGCUCAACAAAACGCAACCCGCCUCGGUUCGCUGUAUUCGUUUGCCGCCACUAAAGAGAUGGUGCGCUGUGUCCGCUGCACUUGGCUUCAGCUUGGCCGAGAAAGUGAGAUCCUGUCGAAGCGCGACACUUUCAAAUGAACAGUAUAUCCGAAUGUGGUUCAGGCUUGCGCAACCAACAAACGACGUGACGUAGGCAGGUUGACUCUUGCUGAGCUCGAAAGGUUCCUAGCUGAGCAAUGCGGUAUAGGGUUCUCUGCCUCCGACGCCCCCUGUUUUGCUCGCCGCCACAAAAUCAGACGUCUGCCGCGGCGUGAACGCCGGCGCACUAAGCAUAGCUUACACUUUCUCCAUUAAGACACCAAAGUGAAAACGUUCGUAAGUUUGUAGCUUUCUGGAGCGGCGGUGGCAAAAAGACUGCUCGAGGGAAAUCAUUUGUAUGAAAACCUCCCCUUGUCAUGGCGCAACUUGCACGAG